AUGAAUGAAGACCUGUUUGUAGAUUAUAUGCUACGUUUCAUUCAACACACUGGUUGCACGAAAGAAAGACCAGUGCUGCUAAUUCUGGAUAAUGUGGAAGAACAUAUCACGAUCAAGACAAUUGACCUUGCACGUGAGAAUGGCGUUCUUCUGCUCACACUUCCUUCCCACACAUCCCACCGAUUACAACCUCUUGAUAAAGCCGUCUACGGUCCAUUUAAGAAGGCCUACAAUGCGGCAAUGGACGGGUGGAUUCGCUCUCAUCCUGGGAGAACAGUUACCAUCUACGACAUUCCCACCAUUGUUUCUGAAGCUCACCUCUGUGCCAUGUCACAACGCAAUAUCAAGGCAGGAUUUGCAGCCACUGGCAUCUAUCCCUACAAUUCAUGGAUGCUGAUUUUGCUUCAGCUGCAGUUACUGACCGUCAAAAUCCUGAAGCAAAUGCAGAUGCUGCAGAUCUGGAUCCAAUUCCUGGUCCAAGCUCAGGUGCUGUGGGUUCAUUGCCGAUCCCAAGACCUAGUUCUUGUGGCAUGGGUCAACAGCCUGUUUCCAGUUCUUGUGAAUACGUCUCGCCAUCAGCAAUCUAUCCUUUCCCAAGAGCUGAACCAAGAAAAACAAAAGGGGGAAGAAAGAAAAGAGCAACCAAAAUACUGA